UGGCACGUGGCUGUGUUUGUGUACGUGCUGCUCCCGCAGGGAGGAGAAACGCCCCGCAGCUGGGGUGAGGCUCCUGGGGCGCGGCCCGGGCUGGGGCGCUGCGGCGAGAGGCCGGCCCCCUGGCCCCGGCAAUCUAAAUUCUCCCGCACUCGGGUAGGCUGCGCACUCUUACCUGCCAGUCCGCGGCGCCUGGCUCGCCGCUCUGCGCUCCCCAGACGUCCUGUCCUCGGCUGUAGGCGGAAGAUGCUGUUGCUUGAUUGCAACCCAGAGGUGGAUAGUCUGAAGCAUCUGCUGGAGGCCGGGGCCUCGGUCAACGCACCCCCGGAUCCCUGCGAGCAGUCGCCUGUCCAUUUGGCCGCAGGUGGGGGCCUGGCUGGCUUGCUUCUGUGGCAGCUGCAAACUGGCGCUGACCUCAACCAGCAGGAUGUCUUUGGAGAGGCUCCGCUACACAAGGCAGCAAAAGUUGGAAGUCUGGAAUGCCUUAGCCUGCUUGUAGCCAGGGAUGCCCAAAUUGAUUUAUGUAAUAAGAAUGGACAAACAGCUGAAGAUCUUGCUUGGGCCUAUGGAUUUCUAGAAUGUGCCAAGUUUCUUACAACAAUUAAAUGUAUGCAGACAAUAAAAUCAAGUGACCGAUCCGAUAGAGAUGAUUGUGUUCCAGUGCUCAGACAGAAACGAAGCUUCGGAAGUGUAGAAAAUACGACUGGAAAAAGGAAGUGUUGCCACACCCCUUCGCAGGCUUGGAUCCUGUUGGAACUGCUGUAGUUCUGGGAACGUGGCCCGCGGUCCUUUCACCGGCUCUAAGGGAUCCCUCUAAUGGAUCAGCCUUGCAAACUCUACGUUAGAUAACCGUAUUUUUGUUGUUGUUGGGAAUAGUUUUUGGAUCUCUUUUUUCUUCUACUCUAGACUAAGAGCUCCUUAAAGACCUUUUUUAAUACCCCUACUGCUCCAAGCAGUGGGCAGCACAUACACAUACACACACACACACACUUCAUUUAGAGUGCACCAACACUUGGCUAUGGAAAGAGGAAGUACUGCUCCCACUUUGGUGUGCAGCAGGAAACAUUUCAGAUUUACAAGUCCAAAUGCCUUGAAGGAUAAAAGCAGGACACAUUUAUCUCCUGUUGUAUUUAUAGUCUUAUCACUGGCAAAAUAUUUUACUAAACUGGGUUAUAAAAGAAUUCAGCUACACACACACUAAGCUCCUGACUACUAAACCCCUCAUUCCCAGGGCUUUGGUAACUUCAUGCAGUUACGUUCUGUUUAACUUCUGAAAAUGACUCACCAGUGACUUUCCAGCUGGGCUUUUAGAAAAAAUGACCUAAUUAAACUACAACUUCAAAGUUCAGAGAAAGCUUUUUAUAAGGUAUUAAUGAAGUUGACUUAAGUGACAACAUGAGAAAAAUGAAGGGUAGUGAGUAACAGUAGGAUAUAUUUAUGGGUUUGUGGCUGAAAAGGUUGUAUGCCUUCUUUGUAAUUUUAAUAUAUUUAGCAAAGAAUACAGAAGCUUAAAUUCAAGUUAAUUAUGUCUUAUUAUCCUUGCCUUCUAAAGUUUUAGAAUGAGUUUUCAUAUGUGAGAAUUAGUUGCCUAUACAUUAAGUUAAAUUUACACCUCCUUUAACUGGUACUGUAAGUAUCAAUGAAUAUUCUAACAUUUGUCUCAAAUUCAAAUCCUUUACAGAAUGAGAAUAAAUUAUAUAUAAAUAAAUUAGAAGUAGCCUCCAUAAUGUCCAACAUACUGCUUAUUUUUGGUUAAUAAUACAAUGAUAAAGGUUAUUUAAUCCACUCUAUUCCAUUACAUUUGUUUAUGCAAAGCUGUAACAUGUCCAAAAGAAUAUAUUUCUAAGCUCUUUGUUCCAUUAUUAAGUUUAAUAACUAGGAAAGUCUUCAUAAAUCUAACCGGAAUUUUGUUCUUUGCAAUUCACUUUAGUUCCCUCUUGUCCUCCCUAUGCAGACAGACAGUCCUCACUGGCCUACAAUACCUGCUGAGAGGGUACAUCACAGCCCUGGGUCUGUAGUUCUGUUAAUGGCCAGUUUGCUCUCCUUUGAGUCUGAUUCUUUCCCUUGCCUCUAAAUCUGUGUUAAACAGGUACUUACCUUUUCCAAAAUAACUUGUAGAUCUUCAGCGCCUGUAUAAUGUGGAUCUAAAAUCAGAAAUUUUAUCUGCCCUGUAAUCUCAUUCCAUGCCACUCCUAGUAUUGUGUGGGCCAAAACUCCUCCCCCUAUAGCAAGGGAAAUCAGAAAAAUGAGAGGGCAUAUGUGAAUCUCAACUCCCUAGUCAAUUUCAAUUUAAAAAGAUUAUUUGGCCUGUUAAUCUGACAUAGCAUUAAAAUUGCUAGCCUAGAUUAUAAAAGAUCACAGAUCACGUCAAGUAUACUCUGAGAAGAUAAAAUUGUUACCUUUAAAAUCAGAAAAGAUGCAAUCAUAUUUGUAACCAUAUCAGGUUUCUAUUCCACUGCCAUAUCCAUGGAAUUGGAUCUAGAAAGGGCUACGGAGGAUCACAGUUGCUGUGAGGCCUCUAUCAGCAAAUGGAAAAUGCGGCCUCUGUUCCGAGUACCCCCCGAGGGACAGCCCAUCUACCUAUUCAGAUCCUUCUGAUACUCUGCUGAAAUCUGUCUGCCUGCAUAUCUUACAUACCAGUCUUAACUUGCCUUCUGUCAUCCCAGAUCAAGUCUUGUUCUCCACAGAAUCAUCAAGGUUUAGAUCAACUCAUCUAAUCCUCUUUACAAAUAGAGCCCAGAGAGGUGAAGCAAUUCAUGUAAUGCUACACAGCCAGCCGCGUUAGAGACCGCACCGUGACUUAGUAGGCUCAACUGACUGACCAUGGCCUCUUUUAUAUACUGUUCUUGAUUCUUUAAAUACUUCAACAGUUAUAUCACUUCUCUUCUCAGCCUUUACUUUUGGCUAUUACAUCUUUUUUAUAACUUUCCUCCCACCUUGAAAAUUGAACAAUAAAUAUCCAGAGGUCAGUAUGGACGGUAUAAAAGCUAAUUUUCAAAUGUUUAAAAAUGACUGAUUUUAUGUG